AAAAUUGCCUUUAACGGUUUCUUCCAUUCUGAUAAGAAGAAAGCAGAGAACCCAAAGCCCGUGGUUCUCUCUUUCCCCUCCAAUUUUCGCUUUCUCCUUUCGUUUUUGAGAGGGUUUUUCGCAGUUCACAUUCCCCUCUGUUUUCCUUCUUUCUGUAAAUUCCUCUUCUUUUAUUUAUUUAAUUUUCGCAGUUUGUCAGACAACUCAGACAGAGUCACAUGGAAUUGGAAAACAUGGUCGCUUUGGUUUCACGUACCGGCCGGCAUUUGCAGCGUUACGACAACGGUCGCCGUCAAGUCGUCGGAUGUAUCCCUUACAGAUACAAGGAUAGGAUUGACACAUCCCCGUUGAACGAGGAUGCCUUUGAAGUUCUUGUCAUUAGUCCGCAGAGAAAAGGCAAAGGGAUGUUGUUUCCCAAGGGAGGCUGGGAAGCAGAUGAAACAAUUGAAGCUGCAGCACUGCGAGAGACUAUCGAGGAAGCUGGGGUGCUAGGUGAUAUUGAGUGUAAACUGGGAACAUGGAGCUUUGGAAGCAAGAGAAGUGGCAUUGCCUGUGAAGGGCACAUGUUUCCCAUGCUAGUCAAAGAGCAACUCGAUUGUUGGCCUGAGAAGAAAAUCCGUCAAAGACACUGGAUAAGCAUCAGUGAAGCUAGGGAAGUUUGCGAGCAGGGAUGGAUGGUAGAGGCCUUGGAAUCACUAGCGAGCCGGCUAACAAGGCAAAACAGGCAGAGCAAAACGGGCAUAUUUUCAGGCGUGGAGCGUAGCCAAGGGAUGCUUAUGCGGUUGAGGUGUGGGGGACAAAUACUACCUCCUCCGCCACCAACUUCUGCAGAAGAAGCAUAGUCAGUCUUCUCGGAUUGAUGAGAGAAGGGUAGAAGUUUGUGUAUCUAAGCUAGGAAGAUGAGGUAAAGUAAUGUGUAAUUUAAAUGGCAAAAUGUUUAAAGGUAUGAAGGUUAGGUAAGUGAAGCAGCAUUGAGCUCAAAAGGAGUCCAACUUGAAGAAAAUGGGAGUUUGUAGAGAGUAGUAGGGGUAAACCCCCCUAGUUUUUCUUCCAUUCUCUGAUAAUUGGAGCCGCCGAGCCAUGUCCUAUAUUACUGCAACUUAGAGCUAAGAGCUGCCAAUGUGUUUUGGAAUUGGAAACAAUUUCUUUUCAGUACAACUGCCAUGAACUAAUUAAUUAAACUCCUUAAUUUGCUCUCUA